CCUACCUCAGACCCUGCAAUAAAAACAAAUAAGUUCAACAAAAACAUACAUCCUUCAUUCAUCAAAACCAGCGGGUCUCACUACCCAUACACAUUUCAUCCCAUCACCAUGGAAAUGAAGAAGGUUGCCUGUGCUGUUCUCAUCGUCGCUGCCUCCAUGAGCGCAGCAUUGGCCGCCACUGAGGUUCCUGUGGCUGCACCCGCCCCUGGCCCAGCCAGCGGUGCCUCGACAACCGUUGUUGGCUCCUUGGUUGGUGCCUCCGUCUUGUCUUUCAUUGCCUUGUUCCACUAAGCCUAGAAAAAAAACUGUAAUGACAGAGCAAUAGGGAGAGAAAGAGAGAGGUUUAUAUAUGCAUAAAUAUGAAUGGAAUAAAGAGUGAUCAUGACAAUAAUCAUGUGUAUUGAUCGAUGGUAUUUGUUAUGAUACAUAACUGUUGAAAAUGUAAUACCAAUUCUUUUGUAAUA